AUGGAGUGCGCCGGAAAGGGAAGCCGCGGCCGUUGCUCGGGCCCACCUACCAGACUCUGUAGCCGCUGCGAAGCCGUUGCAUAUUGUUCCAUCUCUCACCAGAUUUCACACUGGACUGUCCACAAAGAUGAGUGUGAACGGUUAGAACAGCAAAUGAAGCUGGCGGAUACGUUGAAGGAUUUUCCAUUCACGUUUUCUCAAGAAGUCGUUCUUCAGUAUCCUGAAAAACGUGAUUCUCGCUGCUCUUUCUUGAGUAAACGAGGAGUUCAUCAGCUGGGGAUGUGGUUGUCUGAAUGUAGCUGCGGGGCAUCGACUUCCUCUUUAUCCUGCUCUAGAGUAAUUGAUAGUUGGGAUCUUUCGAGCACAUCGUGUCCUUGCAGAGGGUCUUCCUCUCCUUUACUCAAGCAAAUCGCGAGUUGGAAAGACUACUAUGAAUGGAGGUCCAUCCCUUUUCAUUCUCCUGUUGCUUUGCUUCUUCACUGGCCACUCACAGUGUAUUGGGCUCAUCAACUUGCAUAUUCAAGAAGCUUGGUUAACAGAGUUGGUCACAAACUUUGUAUACAUUACCUUGGGCCAGAGAAAGAGUUACAUCAACUUGCCGCAUUUGGUGAAUUAUAUGCCCUUUUUCCUGGAGUGGACGUGCAUAUAUGUUUCGUGGGGCCUGAAAUUCCUCAAGAAAGGGAUGGCGAGUGUAUUGAUCUUUUCAGUUAUGCGAAGUGCACGCAGACUGACUGUGAAUGCAAGUCAUCUGGUGAUUGCACUCUCCAAUCGCUGAAUAGAUCUUCUAAAGUUACAAUACAGCUUCAUGCGGGUUAUUACCACGAUGUCCAUACAGAUUUGUUCAAGCAAUCUUCUCCUGAUUUAAUUGUAGCCCCAAAUGCGGGUGUUGCUGCCUACAGAAGCUGGUUACCAACUAUUGAGCUUUUAAAGGAGAUGCAAGUUCCAGCUGUUUUUUCUGAUUUUUGUGAAGAAGCUUCCUGUCUGGCAGUUAAUUGCAUAAACAGCAUCACUGGAUCUUCUCCUGCUAUUCCUAUCCAGUUAAACCCCUUUAGGCAUCCUCUGCCAAUAAAGGACAGUGCUUUAUUGCUUCCGUGCUAUUCAAACUGCUUUAUGUUUGGGAUGUAG